GAUGUGCGUUUAGGGUGAGCCAUCGGUGAGGUUCAGCUCUGGGGUGGAGCACGAAUGUUCUGUGAGACAUUCCCGAGUAAUGUAUUGCUUUGCUAAGAAAUAAUGUAAUUUUCUACAAUAGCAUCAUCCCCCCGCGUUUUCGUAUUUAGCAAUACAUUGUAUACAACUUGCAUUAUUCUUCCAGGACGACCCAGCGUUAUCUGAACCAGAAUCUGAACAGCGCCACCCCGAGAAUUAUGGAUACUAGAGCUUUAAAGAAUCCGUAUACAGAUUAUGAUGGGACGCCCGCCUGCACACAACACCUGUUCGACUCGCAGGGCAAACUGACAGAGGACUUUGCUGGGCGUGUGCGCAGUAAGAUCAAUGAGCUUCUCUCCCUGAUGGAAAAUGGCCUCCGGUCAGCUGACCCCAGGGACUGCACCGGCUACACCGGAUGGACGGGCAUCGCCCUGCUGUACCUGCACCUCUCCGACGUGUUUGGCGAGGCCUCCUUCCUGCAGAGGGCGCUGGACUACGCGAGCCGCAGCCUGCAGUGCCUGACGCGCCGCUCGGUGACGUUCCUGUGCGGCGACGCGGGGCCGCUAGCGACCGCGGCCGUGGUCUACCACAGGCUGCAGCGGCCGCAGGAGGCCGAGGACUGUCUGACGAGGCUCCUGCAGCUCCACCAGCCGGUGGUCAGGGGGGAGGGCAAGCUGCCAGACGAGCUGCUGUACGGCCGGAUCGGCUACCUCUUCGCCCUCGUCUUCAUCAACCAGCAGUUCGGACAGGAGAAGAUCCCCGUGCAGCUCAUUCAAGAGAUCUCCGAGGCCAUCCUGGCCUCUGGGGAGAAGCUGUCCAUGAAGCGCCGGUACCAGAGUAAGAGCCCGCUCUUCUACGAGUGGUACCAGGAAGACUACGUCGGUGCCGCCCACGGCCUAUCAGGAAUCUACUACUUCCUCAUGCAGCCUGGUUUCGGGGUGGGGGACGACAGGCUGGUGAGGCUGGUCAAGCCCAGCGUGGACUUCGUGCGGCAGAUCAAGUUCCCGUCGGGAAACUUCCCCCCGUGUGUGGGCGACGCGCGCGACCUGCUGGUGCACUGGUGCCACGGCGCCCCCGGUGUCGUCUACAUGUUACUGCAGGCACACAGGGUUUUCGGGGAGGACCAGUACCUGGGCGAGGCUCUGCAGUGCGGCGAGGUGAUCUGGAGGUGGGGUCUGCUGAAGAAGGGAUACGGCCUGUGUCACGGAGCCGCAGGAAACGCGUACGGAUUCCUGGCGCUCUACAAACACACCGGCGCCCCCCAGCACCUGUACCGUGCCUGCAAGUUUGCAGAGUGGUGCAUGGACUACGGCAAACAUGGCUGCCGGACUCCGGACACGCCCUUCUCUCUCUUUGAAGGCAUGGCUGGAACCAUCUACUUCCUGGCGGACCUUCUGCAGCCGCUGAGGUCGAAGUUCCCCGCGUUUGAGAUGUGAAUCCCCGGCCCUACGUGCACUUCUCUCAGUGGGACGUCCACCCACUCCGUCGCAGGGCGGAGGGGCCGCUGUGAGGGUUGUGUCCGGGUGUUGUGUCGUUCGGCUCCAGGGUGCGCUGCGCCGUUUCCUGGUGCGUUCUGAGUGCGCUGUCCCCGCUAGUGCUAACGUGCCAUUCAUAACCCUGAAAACCGUGGCUGUGUCCAUUGCACUUAAUGUGAAUCUUCAUGUCUUAGAGACCUGCUGGUGACGAAGCUAGCGCAGUGUGGUGUGGAUACACUGGACCAAGGGCGUCUGUCUAAAGAUGCUAAUAGUUGUGAAAAGGGAUGAUUGAGACGAUGGGGGGAUGCAAAGCUAGUUUUAGGUUUGGCUGACAUUUUAUGCUGCAUCGAUCAAUUUAAUUUUUCUUAGAAUCCAUCAGAUGGAGAAUUUAUGUGCAAAGAUAUUUGAUUUUGGCUGCGAAAGGAGGUUGUCAGGCCAAAGGUUGUUUCAGAUUUGUAAAAAAAAAAAAAAACAAUCAUAUGAUGCAGAUCUUGCUGCUUUUAGUUUGCUCAAAAGUGACUUUCCCUUGGUACCUGGUGACCACCGAGAUUUAUGCAUUUAUUUUAUUUUAUAUGCAUCUAAUAUGGAAUAUGAACUCACACAAGAUUUGCCACUUCAUGCUUCUUACUGAAAAACCCAUUAAUUUAUUAAACAAAGAAAAAAUUGGCUUUAUACUGGAAAACUUCACAGCAGGUGUGUAGGCAGAAGGUUAACCAUACAGAGGUCUGGAAGGCCAGGCCAAUGUCUGCCCUUCACAUAGCAAGGCCUCCACUGCCCCCGCAUCUUCACAUAUUCUGUUGGUUGUAGCUGUCAGUACAAUGAUGUGGCACUUAUCAAUAUUCUUCUCUGGUUGGUGUAUUCAUCUGUAAGUUGCUGGAAUUAAUGUGUCAUGCAGUAAAAUGCAUGUCCACUUUUGCUAUGGGUAAGAUCAGUGUUAGUUUCCUUAAAUAACCACCUUUGGUACAUUUGGCCAAUGAGAUUUUUGUUCCGAAUGCAUGGCUGUACACACUUUUCGUUUUGUACAUAAAUGGUAGAUGGGUUUGUUUUUAUGUUACUGUUGUGAUAAACACAGUGGGUAAGCACUUCCUACUCAACUCAUACUUUAGUUUGUGUUUCUUCAUUGAAAUUCUACUGUUUCUCUAUUGCUUCCCUGCUACACAAGCUCAGCAAUAAAAUGGUCUUCUGCA